AGGCUACUCAGCAUUCCUCAAACAUGGCAGAGCUUCAUAUGGCUACAAUGAUGUCGCUUUCUGGACGAGUAGGCCUGGUUACAGGCGGAGGAACUGGAAUAGGAUUUAUGAUUGCGAAAGCCUCUGUUGCAAACGGGGCAAAGGUAUACAUCACUAGGCGUAAGCUGGAUGUGCUAGAGCAGGCUGCAGCAUCAGUCACAGGCGCCCUAGGAUCUGUUUUCCCGAUCCAGAUGGAUGUUACUGACGAGGAAAGUGUCAAGGCUGGGGUCAGGCAUAUUGAAGGAAUCGACAGCAAGCUCGAUAUCCUUGUUAACAAUGCAGGAUUUGCAGGAUCCCUUCGCGACCCAGACUUUAUCGGGAAGAAGCUCGCAGCGACAGAUCCAUUUGAACCUGAAACCGUCCAAAACUGGGCAGAUAUAUUUGCCCUCAACACGAUCGCCCCAUUCUUCAUCGUACGCACUUUCCAAGCUCUCCUCGUCAAAGGAGCUCGGUCCCGCCCCCAAGGCACGUCCAGUGUCAUCAACGUCAGAGGCGCGAUAGCCAAGAUGGACUCAACGAGCCCUCUGUCAUCUAUCGCAUACAAUGUAACAAAAUCUGCUUUGAAUAAGCUUACACUUGUUCUGGCAACGAAUUUUGCUGGGAGGGAUAUUCCGAUCCGCGUGAAUGCGUUGGCUCCAGGCGCGUUUGCGUCACAAC